AUGACUGACUGGAGAAGAAUAGACAUCGACGCUUUUGACCCUGAAUGUGGAAGAUUAACAAAUGAGGAUCUGAAGCCACCUUAUAACUCUCAUCCUAGCUUACAGGAACUGCAACCUAAAAUAUCACAGUUACGCACUGCUGCUACAAGCGGAGACUUUGCUAAAGGUAUUCAACUGGCUACUACAGAUCCAGUGUAUGGCGCAGAUGAUGAAACAAAAUAUCAGUACUUUCUAAUUGUAUUGCAGUUGUUAACACAGGUGAGACAAGCAGACAUUUCAGCUAUCCUUCAACAAUUAAACAGAGACCAGCAAGAUGUUCUUGUAAAGUACCUCUAUAAGGGCAUGUCAUUACUUGAAGGCCAGAAACAAGGAGGUAUUUUGCUUUGUUGGUUUGAUAAAAUAACCGCAAUGUCGGGUAUUAAUCCUAUUAUUCGCUACCUAUCGGAUAGGAAUACUGUUUAA